AUGAACCAAGCUUCUGAUGCGCUUCUAGGCCAGGGCGUCGAAUGCUAUAUUGACGAUAUGGUGAUGCGGGUCUGUAUCGACAAUGGCUUCUUCAUGAAGCUGGCCAAGUAUGAGUGGCUCCGCAAGGAAAUCCCCCUGCUUGGUCAUGCUGUAGGGAAGUGCGGCAUCAAGCUCCAGUCUGGAAAGGUGGAGGUGUUGAGCACAGUCGCUUUGCCGAAAGACUACUCUGACAAGAUGCAGCCCUUGCAGGAGCUCAUGAACAGCCAAAAGACCCAAAACUUCGCGUGA